AUGGGACUUUUAACACUUCUUCUGGCCCUCCUCGGCCUCGCUUUCAUCACGCGUAUUGUGAGUGAGAAAUGGAGACACAGCCAAAAUGCCAAGCGCCUGGGCUGCCAGCCAGCGCCCAUAGCACCGUCCAAGGACCCCCUCGGUAUCAGCGAUAUCCUGGAGAUCAUUCAAGCGGACAAGGACAAGGUGGUGCCAGAGGUGCUCGAGAGCCGCACCAAUACUAUGCGCGACAAAGCCGGACGUUACGUUUCGACCUUCCGUCUCAAGAGAGGCCUGGGGGAGAACGUGCUCACCUUUGACCCCGAGAACCUCCAGGCGAUGUUGGCCAAGCAAUUCAAGGAUUUUUCUGUUGGCGGCGAGAGACUGGGAUGCAUGGGCCCGUUGCUGGGCAAGGGAAUCUUCAUCAACGACGGCGCCGAGUGGUUGCACUCGCGUACAAUGCUCCGGCCCCAAUUCACCCGCGACCAGAUCAGCGACCUGCGUCUGGAAGAGCACCACGUCCAAAACGCCAUGCGCGCCAUACCCGUCGCUGGAAGCAACGGCUGGACAGAGGUCGACAUCCAGAGCAUCUACUUCAAUCUGACUCUCGACUCCGCAACCGAGCUGCUCUUCGGCGAGAGCUGCUACUCUCAACUGGCUGCCAUGGGUGAUUCGGAGGAUCGCAUGGCGAGCGGCGGCAAGGUGACCGACUUUGGCAAGAACUUUGAUCGCGCCCAAUGGUACAUGGCGCAGCGCCUGCGCCUGCCUCGCAUGAAGUUCAUAUACGACUGCAAGGAGUUUCGAGACUGCUGCCGGGAGGUCCAACGCUUCGUCGACGAGUGUGUCGCCAAGGCCGUGAACGACCACAGCAAGAAGAAACACCCCGAGGAGGGCGCGUCGGAGCAUUACAUCUUUGUCCACGCCAUGGCCAAAACCACCAAGGACCCGAUCGAGCUACGCUCCCAGCUGCUCAAUGUUCUGCUCGCCGGUCGUGAUACCACUGCCGCACUGCUGAGCUGGGCCACCCUGCUCCUCUCCCGCCACCCAGAGGUCUUCCGCAAGCUACGCGAGGCCAUCAUCGCCAACUUCGGCACCUACAAGGAUCCCCAAAACAUCACAUUUGCCACCCUUAAGGCCUGCACAUACCUGCAGCAGCCUGCCCCGCGGCGGCGGCCUGACGGCCAAAGCCCCGUGUAUAUCAAGAAGGGCCAGGCCGUUCUGUAUAAUGUGCACGCACUGCAUCGCCGUGAGGACGUCUGGGGCAAGGACUCGGGUGAUUUCAAGCCUGAGCGCUGGGAGGCGCGUCGCUCCGGCUGGGAGUACCUCCCCUUCAACGGUGGGCCGCGCAUUUGCAUUGGCCAGCAGUUCGCUCUCACCGAGGCUGGCUAUGUCCUCGUCCGUAUGCUUCAGCGCUUCGACGGGAUCGAGGACGUUCAUGCCGACCAGAAGAUUAGGUGGGGCUUGGCCUUGGUGAGCGCCCCUGGCGACACGGUCACGGUGCGCCUCCACGAGGCUAGCCAGUGA